GCGCGCCAUCGAUCUUGCCGCGAGGUCAAAGGCAGCUGUACCCCGGGUGGACGUGACGGGCUUUGUGUGUCGCUGUGUCGUCUAGAGAUACGCUGGAGUGAGUAGCGGGCCUUGCUCAACCCUCACCUGUGGUGGCGAGGUAGACACGUAUCUAAAGACAACAGCUAGUGCAGGUGUGCAGUCAGAGUUGACACCGUGCAAGGGGCAGGUGAGCAGGGCGCUUUACCCUUCCUUGUUACCGCAGAACACAAUUCUGUCGAGGUAAGGUGCGAAUCGUCGUCAUCGGUGUGGUGGUGAUUUUGGGGAAAAAAAACGGUUUACAUUCAUGAAUGUAAGUCUCAGAGGAUCACCGAAAAGCUCGUUUAAUGCGUGUCAAAAAGUGCGAGGGAAUAAACCCUGAUUUCAACCAUGGAAGCUACGGCUAGCCAAGACUAGUUCUGAGUGUUUGUGUUCACCGGACUUACCCAACUUCAACGGGUUUCACCCCCGUCUUUCCAACUUUUGUUUAAAGCAGAAAUUAGAUAUUUUACACGAGCCCUAGUAUUACAAAAACCAUCACGUGACUUUCCGUCGACCAGUAGAAGAUGGAAGAGAACAUGGUGGAGUCCACUCCCCGCUACAUGCAGGACCUGCACCGGGGCAAAGCCUCCAGCUUCUGCAUCAACGGCGACUACUACUCCGGCGGCAAGAAGGUGAUCUACCACCCUCGCCAGAUCCGCGACUUCUCUCACUACCUGGACUUCCUGACGGACAAGCUGCGGCCUCCCUUCGGUGCCGUGCGCAAGAUCUGCACCCCCAACCACGGCCACCGCAUCCGAUCCCUGGAGGACCUGCAGGCGGACAUGACGUAUGUGGCCGCCGGCCCCGAGAACUUCAAGUUCUACGCAUACGCACAGAUUGAUCCCGCCCCUAAGAAAGGAGGACCUAGAAAUUAUGAUGUGGAGCCAGGUCACAACAGAAGGUACCAGGUGUCUGCUAGGAUUCACAAGAUAGAUGCAACCAGCAAAAUUAUCAGAUGCUGGAAGAAUGGAGAUGACACAAACAAACCAAAUGUUGUUUCUCUGCCAACCAGAUACUGCCACACAGUUGAGGAUGUCCUGGAUUUGGUCAGCCAAGUGAUGCAGAAGAAUUAUGUCUUUGGUCCUGUGUCCAAGCUAUACCUGCCCUCAGGAGAGAGGGUCUCCACCAUCGAUCAAAUCUUUGCCAAUACUUACUUUGUGGCACUGCGGAGAAGUGACCAUUUUAAGAAAGUCAGCUAUAAAGAGGUGGCUCUGAGCAAUUUUAGUUUUUCACCUCGAUGGGAACGAAGGUCACAAUUGCCACCAUUGCCACGCUCCAAUAAGACCAGCAGCCAAUCAUCACCAGAGCAUUCAACCUCGUCCAAUAACGGGUCUGAGAAGAGUUACUUUGAAAGAUAUCGUCGUGAACGUGAACGAGUACGCAAGGAAGAAGACCAAGUAUUUCCUGCACGGCCUAUCAAACACAAACGCAGUUCGGAGAAAGUUCGGCAGGUAGAUUAUGAUGAAGAUUCUGGUGGAGUGUUUAAGGCCAGGAACCCAAACCGUGCUACCAAGGGAGCCAGGCCCAUUGACGACUCAAAGCAAACUCGGACAGACCUUCCUGUGGAUCAAAGACCUGCAGAAGAAGUUCAGGAUGAGGAAGAUCACAUCAAUAGCAGGGAUCACUGGGACGGACGUGACAAUGAGGAGGAGAAGGUUAAAGGCACACUAGCCAAAGACAACAAGAAAAAGAAGGAGGAAAGCCAAGAGCGAACCUACAGAACAAAUGCCAGACGUCAGCAGGCAGAUGAGGAGGACCCAGAACGUCGGCAGGCACAGCAGGAAGCGGAGAGAGAAGCUCGUGCUAAACGAGAAGCUGAGGACAGAGAGCGGGUAGAACGCAGCCAGAGACAGCAGGAGGAGAGGAAGAGAAAAGAGGAGGAAAAGAGGAGACAGGAAGAGAAGCAGCAAGAGGAGGACUUGCACAGAAGGAAGAUGCAGGCAGUGAAGCAGGGUCCUCACAAUGACGAGGUUGAAGAUAGCAAGCAGAGCGUGGAUGAUCAAGAUAGUCCACCGGCAGCUUCACCUACCCAUGGUGAUGAGAGUGCAAAAACAGAUUUAGACCGCCUGGAAGAAGAGCGCAGAGAAAAAGAAAAUCUCGCAGCUACCAAAAUCCAGGCUGGUUACCGUGGUUAUCGCACACGGAAGCAGCUGAAAGAGAAACAGGCCAAAGAGUUGGCUGAGUUAGAACGAGAUCCUAGUCUGAUGGAAGAUGACCCACUUCCUGUGAGCGAAGAUGACCAAACUAAUGACCAACAAACACAUGCAGCAACCACCAUACAGUCUGGUUUCCGUGGUUACAAAGCACGGCAAGAAGUACAGCGCAUGAAGGAGGAGGAGAUUAGCCGUAAAGAGGGCUAAUCACAAUCACAUGGAUGGGAAACAUUGAACUGGAACAAAGGCAACAUCUCAACGUUCAUAAAAAAGCAGAAAUGAGGAGACUUGGAGUGUGCACUUAAAGUACAAGGAACAUCUUGUCAUUCAAGAACAACAGCCAAAAGAAGAACAGUAAAAACCGUGGCAGUUAUGAUGCUUCUACUGACAUCAUUCUCAUGCCUCAAGAAUCCCAUGUGACAAAGUGUUUUCACUCUAAGCCCUUAUCUGCUCAGUCAAGGUUAUUAUUUUAGUUUCACCAUAUUUUGUCAGGGCUCAUAAUUUUCCAGAUCUUCAUCAUGACCUUUUAGGUCUCAUUCCUUUUCAGAGAGGUUAGACGCAGGCUACCAUUAUCAUAAUGAAGAUAUAGUGUCAGUUGUUGUGAAGAAAGGUAGUAUUCUUGGAUUUUAGUUUUAUUUAAAGAAAAGAGAAGUGGAUUUUAUUAGUGAAGCUUAUUUAACUAUUUUAUAAGUAAAUGCUUUUGGUGAAAAAUACAAAUUAAAUGAUAUUUAAAAUCUUUAAAGAAAAUACCACAUGGAAAAGAUGUGUGUUACAAAGGUACAGUAGCUUUGUUCCCAUGGUAGCUGAUUCAUUCAUGUUUAACAUGAAAGAAAAGUUAAAAUGUGAAAUAAAUUUGUUUUUAAAGUAUGCGAGACUGAAUGAACCA